AUGGAUCCUAGUCUGAUGAUUGAAAAAACAUUAACAGAUACAGAUAUUUGCUGGAAAGGUCGGUUACGAUUACCAAAACUGAUUAUCAACAACAUAGUAAAGAAAAUGGGAGUUGUGAUACCUCAAAAUGGUAUUCAAGUGGAAAUCCAGGAUUGUGACAAAUCUAAUUGGGUAAACUUUGGCCAUAACAAUACUAUCGGAAAUGGGUGGAACAAUAUGAGAAAUGCUAGAGGUCUGAAAAGAGGCGAUGUCAUCAGAUUAUAUUGGAAAGAUACCAAAUUCAUUUUUUCUAUGCCGAGUCUUCUUUUGUUUUUGUUUCUUUAA